ACCAAUCAUAUGCCUGAACAAAAAACACCUACAUGAUGCUAGCUGGUUCUCCAAACACCAGGAGAAUAACUGAUUAAAGAAAGUUUAUUCCGAAAACCUAAAUGCUGUGACAGCUCUAAAGGAAAGAGAGGUGCCUUUUUGGUGUCGGCCCAAACGCUGCUGUGUGUUUGAACUUUCCACCCCGACUGCUGACGUUCUCAAUGAGGUACAAAGGAGCUCGGAUCUACGUCUGGGCUCGAGGCUCAUGCUGUCUGUCUCGGACCUAUCUGGCGGCCCGAACCGCUCCGGUUCGACCCUACAGCUCUGAACCGCCGUCUAGACCUCCUCUACCCACCGACCCCUCCCCUCUUGUACAGAAAGGUACAGCUGAGGUGGUGAAGGAGCGCAGCCUGUCUGCCCUGCAGCAUGCAGGAGAGUUGGGGCGGCAGUGGAGCCAGAGGUCGGCGCAGACGGCCACCGCCACUAUGAACUACUGGUGGGGGAGAUACGAGGAGUUUGUGGGGCUGACCGAAGUCCGCGAGGCUCAAACCAAAGUCACAGAGGCUGAAGCAGCGUUCAUGGUGACCAGAGGAAUCGUGCGUGAGGCGCACACCAGCCUGGAGGCGCUGCAGGGCCGCCUGAAGGAGGUCAGAGACCGGCUGGACCGCGUCUCCAGGGAGGAGGCUCACUACCUGGAGCUGGCCACGAUGGAGCACAAGCUGCUGCAGGAGGAACGUCGUCUCCGGACUGCGUAUGAGAACGCCGAGAGUUCGGAGAGGGAAAAGUUCGGCCUGUUUUCGGCGGCGGUGAGGGAGAGUCACGAGAAGGAGAGGACGAGAGCGGAGCGCACCAAGAACUGGUCCAUCAUCGGCUCUGUGCUCGGAGCCCUGAUCGGGGUCAUGGGGUCAACGUAUAUCAACCGCGUCCGCCUUCAGGAGUUGAAGAAUCUUCUUCUUGAGGCCCAGAAAGGUCCGGAGAGUCUGCAGGAGGCGCUGAAAGUCCAGGCUGGGAACCACCAAACCCAGCAGGACCAACUGGGCGAACUCAUCGACAGCCUCCGGGUCACUCUGGCUGACGCCUUCACUCCGAGCAACAGCGCCCCCCAGGGGAAAGGAGGACCCACCACAGCCUCGCCUGCCGUUUCUCUUUCUGCCUCUAAAGACCUUCAGGUCCAGAACCAGAAGACGGAAUCGCUGCUGGCGUCGCUGGCGGCCCAACUGGGUCGGGUCCAGUUGGGCGUCAGUAAGGUGGACUCCGAACUGCUGGCGGUGCGGAAGCUUCUGGAAGCCGAACCGCAGACCCAAACCCAACCCAACCUUUCUGGCCUUCAGAGAGCAGAGACACGGGAGACGGAGACGGUGGCGAGGCGCCUGGAGGAAACCAGGAGGACGCUGGGGGAAGGAAUCAGGAUGAACACGGUUUACAACGCCGUGUUCAGCUACACCGCCGCCGCCGUUACCGUCUCUGCUGUGUACCUGCUGCUCCGGGGAACUGGUUGAACUGGACCUGGACUGGUUUAUGACGAGUCACAAUAAUAUCAGUUAAUUAUGAGUUUAGUGACAUAAGUGGUUACAUAAGUAUCUCCUGCUGAAACUUCAUGGUAACUGGAGCAUUCAGAUCAUGUCCAAUCACUGAUCACAAUAUUAAAUAUUAAAUCUUCCAUCAAAUCACAAAAGAAAAUAUUCAUAUUCCCAGGGAAAUAUAUAAUCUUUCAUUUAUUACCUCGUUAUUUUGUUUUGUUUGCUUUUAACUCUGUGAUAUAAUUAUUCUGAUCCUGAUCAAGCUGCAGGCUGCCACUAGGGGGCAGGCUUCCGUCUCAAUCAGCUACUUCCUCUUAUUAAGUGACUGAUCAUCCUCUCUCCAAAAAGCAGUUAAAUUUACUUUAAUAACAAGUUUGACUAUUUAAGUCCAGAAUAUUUCUGACUACAAACUAAUUUAUUUUGUUUGGAUGAAGCAAACCGCCCAUUCCAGCUGAGUUGAGAAACACUUUUGAAUGAACAAAUCAUUGAUUUUAGGAUUUUUCUAAAGAAUAACUGCACGACUGACUGGUAUAUUCCCAGUUAAUCCAGUACCAGAAGGACCAGGGCAGCAGAGACAGCUUUAGUUCAAAUUAAUGUAUUAAAACAUUUUUUGGCUCUGUAGAUUUUCUGGAGGCUGUUUGCAGCAGCAGAACCUCUCAGAUCCUGGAGUACUUGAACAUGUGAAAUGUUUCUGACGUCAUACACUGGUUUCGCCUGUAUAUUAAAAGGUUGAAUGGGAACUCAAUUCAUGGCUUUUGUUU